UUCUUUCACUGUAACCUCACCCCCCUUCGCCAAGCAGCUUCACGAAAAGCUACGAAAGCAUUUUUUUCCAUAGGAGUCCCCUAUCGUCAACUGUCCUCGUCCAUUGUGUUUGACCUGGGAAACGACAGAAGGAUGGCUUCACUGGACUAUGACUGUAAAUGGGCGUGUCCAAAGCAGAACUUUGCAGGAAGCACUUUUGACACUACACUCUUCUCUACUCACAAACGCUUCACAGUCAAGAUGCAGAGUCUGACUGUGUUCUGGUGUGCCAUGCUCCUUCUGGUUGAGGGCCCACUUGGAGGGACAUGUGAAGACAUAGGACCUGCCAGCAGCUUUGAAUGUGGUCCCUCUGACCAGGGACUGGCCUGCGCUGACGGGAAGCGUUGCUGUCGGGAAGGUCACCGCUGCAGUGCCGACAGCCUCUGGUGCUUCACGCCAGAGUCGGUGGUGUUGUGCGGCGACAGUGUGUCUGAGUGUCCUGACGACACCACUUGUUGCAAGACCCUGCAGGCCACCUGGGGAUGCUGCCCGCUGCCAAAGGCUGUGUGCUGCGAAGACAAAAUCCACUGCUGCCCAGCAGGCAGCCAGUGCGACAUUCAACAAUCCAUGUGCGUCUCCCUAGAGGACGGCAAGGUGACACCGAUGUGGGACAAGCUUCCUGCCAGGAGGAGGGCUGACUGGGAGAACCAGCAAGCUAAUAUCGCCUGUGAUGACAAAGUCCAUUGCAAAGCUGGCACCACAUGCUGUAAAAACACAAGAGGCAGUUGGUCCUGCUGCCCUCUACCAGAAGCGAUUUGCUGCAGUGAUUUGAAACACUGCUGCCCUAAAGGUCAUACAUGUAACCUGGCCGCUCAGACUUGCGAUUUGGAAUGGCACUCUGUGCCCUGGUUGGAGAAAGAGGCUGCGACUCCAAGGCAGCAGGAAGAGGGUGUGAAAUGUGACAGCACGCACACUUGUGCUGACAGCUCGACCUGCUGUAGGACCAAAACAGGAGAAUGGGGAUGCUGUCCGUUGCCUCAGGCCGUGUGCUGUGCUGAUGGGAACCACUGCUGCCCCACAGACUACAUCUGUGAUGAACAGGAGUAUCGGUGUGUGAAAAAGGACAUGCCGGUACCUUGGUAUUUCAAAUUUCCAUCUAGUGCAUCUUCCGCGGUCCUGCAGCAGACCCUCAUCAACCCCAGGAAGCCAAGGUUCGUGCAGUGUGAUGACGAGAGCGAGUGCAAGGACGGAGAGACCUGCUGCAAGAUUUCAUCCACGGACUGGGGAUGCUGUCCUUUUACUGAUGCGGUCUGCUGCCCUGACAUGAAGCACUGCUGUAUGGCCGGCUACACGUGCACUGGGAGUGGCCAGUGCAUUCUGGUUGAGCUUCCCUAACAACAAGGAACAGCCGCACAACAUUGCGUGAAAGACUGAUCUUCAUUUUUACUACAAGCAACACCUGUUUGUAGUAGUCACCGAUGAACUGUGGUUGAUGUCCUGAUUGUUGUCUGAUCCGAAAAGAUGGAACAUGACUCCACCCUCUAACUUCUCUACUGUGUGUAAUCUUCCCUUUACACGUUAACACCAGCAAAUGAGACAGAAAUGACCAAAACAAAUUGAUUAAACACAAAUCAUCCAUCUA